AUGCCUCCCAAGAGCUCCGCUCCGUCCGAGACCCCUACGCGCUACUCGUUCUCGACGGCGGCUGGGACGUCGUCCAGCAACAAGCCUCGUGCGUAUUCUAAUGCGUCGCUAGCUAGCGAUUUGAGCGGCGUUACCACUGUCGUGCCCGUUAAGCGCAACGGGACCAUCAUCGAGCGGGACGACGACACGCACUCGAGGUCGGUGAAUGUGACGCCCGUGCCCCUCCCAUCGCUCGGUCCCAAAAAACUGGUCAGCGCGAUACCAGGUCUGUUUUCAUCUCGUCGAAUCUCCAUUCCACUACCGCCGACGUCGUUCGUCGAUCCGAGUAUGUCGACGCCCAGCGUCACGUCCUCGGCGAUGAAGUCGAGAAACGCGCCUUCAUCCGUUAGGCAAAACAGCUCGCCCACCGUGGCAAAGCCCGUGCCUUCCGUGGCUGCCUCGCGCCGGACGGUGCGCUCUACGUCCGUGUCCCUCUUCGCUUCUGAUUCAGGGAAUUCUGUGAAACUACCACCACCUGCAACGCCGAGGUCGCGAGUGAUGUCCACGCCGCGCAUGACUCCCUCAUACUCAAAAUCUAGCUCCAUCGCACCCUUGAGUAUUCUCUCAUCGCCAGACGUUUCCAAGACACAGGUGAGGACGCCGCCCCAAAAAUCAACGCCGCGACGUCAGAGGACACCGAGCGGAAAGCCCUCGCCGCGGACGCCAGCCAAGAACGCGUCUCCUUCUCCAUUUCCCAAGAAGCUAUCGGACGUCGACACUUCGAUCACGUCGCUAAAGCUGACGGUGAACGGCGAGGAAGACGGGCCGUUCUCGAUAUGGGACGGGGACGACAUGACGCUGGACAUGGUUACGGACGUGAACGAAGGCGAGGUGGACGAGGAGAUGGAACGCGCGCUUCAGGAAGUCAAUAACGUGCACUCUCGCAAGCUGCUGCACUACAAACGGCUGCUGGAGCGCGCACAGGCCUCUACUGCUGCGCAGCUGCAUGCGCUUCAGGCGGAGGUUCGCAUCCUACGCGAGAAUGAACGUGAACAUCAGGGCAGCGGCAUGGUCGCGUUCCCCGCAGAGGAUAGUGAUGGAUACUGCACUUGCGGCGGAAAGAGACGGAAGGAGUACUGGAGCGGGUAUCGCGGCGGCGAAGACGACGGUAUACGCGGCGAGGUAGACCUCGCGACAGCACUCAGGGGGGAUGGGAGCGGGAGGUUCAAUGAGAUCGAGGUGAGACGGGCUGUGAGAGGACUUGGAAGGGAUGAUCGAAUGCGAUUAAUCAGCAUUAUCUUGGAUUCGUGCAUGCCAGGCGACAUCCGCCUGCAGAUCCUGCUUUUGGAAAAAUAUGCUAAGUCGACGUUCGACAUCGUCGGGAACCUCGCCCAGGACCUUGUGUUCAAGGUGUUCAAAUGGCUCAGCGUGAAGGAGCUCCUCGGCAUCGAGCCUGUCUCGAAGAAAUGGCAAGAUAUGGUGCAAUCGCCGGCACUCUGGCGUUUCCACUGCUUGAGGAUCACAGCGACAGAUCCCUUGCCCUUGCGUCCACCGUCGAAGCCAGAAGGCUGGCAACCUCUGUACCGGUCACUUCAUCACAGAGAGUCCAACUUCCGGAAUGCACUGCCGCAGAGCGUGCGGUUCUUGAACGGUCACACGAACUAUUGCACCACCUUGCUGCUGCGCGGCAAGCGACUCAUCAGUGGGUCGUACGACGAGACAAUCCGAUUCUGGGAUAUCGAGACCGGCGAAAUGAAGAAGUGCUUGCAGGUCAAGAAGCCGGUCAGCUGUGUAGACUUCCUAGCAGAGGAAGAGGUCUUCGUCGUAGGAUUCCACGACGUCGGACGUGUCCAUCUCUUCUCGUCCUUGACUUUCACACCUCUCCAACAGCUCGCAGGUCAUCUGAAUGGCAUUCGCGCGGUUGCCCUUUCUUCGAAGAAUUUGGUCUCGGCUGGCGCUGACAAGGCGCUUGUAUGCUGGGACUGGCGUGCAGGCACAAAGAUCGUGCGAUUCGGCCAGCAGACGACAGUGAACAUUGGUGUGCAGAUUAUUGGCGGUGGACAAAACCAAGAGGAAGGCGAACGGGUUGUCGGUGUGACUAUUGAUGGCAUCGUUCGAGUCUUCUCAAUCAAACGGCGCGAGAUGAUCUCACAAUUUAAGCUUGCGGAGCUGGGUGGAAGUGACCCUGUUCUGAGUGCAAAAUUGUUGCAAGUCGGAAAGGCUCCUGAUAACAUGCUUCAAUGGUUUGCUGCAAAGGGCACACAGAUGACGUGCGCAACAAGAUCUGUUAUCAUGCAUCUACAAUGGACAGAGGAAGACGAACCUCCCGCCGAUCUCGUACGACCACACUCUCCCUCAACUUCAGGCACACUGAGCCCGCCGGUCCCGCGCUCCAUUACUGCCUCUUCAUUCGCACGUUCCACGUCUUCGUUGGCGGUGCCGAAACGUCGAAGUACGCUCUCGCCGUCCACGUCCUCGAGAACUGUCUUCGCAUCCUCGACUUCUACCAGUAUGAAGGGUCGAUUGUCGUUGAAUACUAGUAAUUCCACAGGCCCUCCAAUGAGUCCGAUCAAUAUAUCCUCACGCACCACAACUCCGAUCUCGACUUCAGGGUCGCCAUUCGCCGUUCGCUUCGGCCGCGCUGCUGUGCUCACGGCACCUCCGAAGUUGGUCGGUAUCGUGGAUACCCCAGACGUAGCAUUAGGCGCUGUCGAUCCCAGGAAGAGACGAGUGGUCACUGCGACGCGCUUCAGCACAAGACUAGGCGCGAAUCGCACUAUCUUCAUGUCGACGCAUCGUGACAAAGAUGAAACUAAGCGUGCGACUGAUGAUGAUAAUGAAGAUGAUCAAGUAGAUGGCGGGCGCACGCCGUCUCCUGUGGUGGACCUUGACACUGAUAUCCUGCCACUGACAGGUGCAUGGAGCGCGUUAGCAGAAGGAGAUGCUAUGGGAUCUGCAGGCAUGAAGGGUCUGCUUGGUCAGCUGCCAGCGAAGUUCCAGGGUUUGGCCACACCGGAAAAGAAUCCGAUGUCCAUGCAAUUGAGCCACGAGGAGGUAGUGGUUGGUUGUGCAGAUGGCACCAUUUAUGUGAUGAACUUCGUUGGUUACGAGUAUCAGAAGAAGAGGGAGACGGUCGUCAGCGACUCGCUGGAAAGCGCGGAGGAUGAAGAAUACUGA